UAAACGCAGUCUUACAAUGGAAUUCAUUGAAGGAAUAAACGAAGAGUUUGUCCACUCGAGAACGAUUUACAACGCAGAAGAUAAACUAAUAUUCGAUCCUCCUGUAUAUGAGCAACGUUAUCUGAAAGUUACAAAUAUAUUAAAUCAUGAUAAAUUUAAAAGUAGAAUUAAGAAUAUUUUGGAGUUUGGAUGUGCCGAAAUGAAAUUUUUUACUUAUCUCAAGAACGGUGUGCGACAUGCAACAAAAAUCGAUUUAGUCGAUAUUGAUGAAAUGUUACUGGUGAAUGCAAAGUCGAGAGUUCAACCAUUGAUUAUCGAAUAUACAAAACGAAGGCCUGAAAAAUUACUUGUCAGGGUAUGGAAAGGCGAUGUUUCAAUACCAAAUCCAAACUUCAUUAAUGUUGAUGCUGUUGUAGCUAUUGAGUUAAUCGAACAUGUUUAUCCAGAUACUCUUGAAGAGAUUCCUAAUCAUAUUUUUGGGAUUAUUCAUCCUAAAGUUGCUGUGUUCACAACACCAAAUUCCGACUACAACGUUGUCUUUAAUCUCCAACAGGGAGCAUUUCGUCACUGGGACCAUAAAUUUGAAUGGACUCGAGUUCAAUUUGAAGAUUGGUGUCGUAAUAUUUGUGCGAGAUUUCCUGAUUAUUGCGUUCAGUUUCAUGGAGUUGGAAAACCUCCUGAAGGCCGUGAAGAAGUUGGUUCAUGUUCGCAACUUGGAUUGUUCAUUAGAAAAGAUUUUCUUCAUUCUCUUGAUGUGGAAGAAGACUGCAAAAAUGAAGACGACGAAUCGUCUGUAGAAGUUGUAGAGUGCAAAGGAUAUAAACUUCUCGAGUCUAUCGAUUAUCCAUUUUUUCACGACAAUCGCACUCGUGACGAAAGAAUUUCUGAUGAAUGUUCUUAUCACAUCAACAGAUUCUUGGACGAUUCUUAUUUCAACAAUGAAUCGGAUCGUUAUGAAAUUCCAGUUUCUCACAUUUCGAGUUUCUGUUGGGAAAUAACUGAAAAUGUAGACGAAAUUCGAAGUGUCAUUAAAAAGAAAUAUGAAGUGAAAGACGAUAUGGUGAUUUUACCAGCGUUUGAUAAGAGUGAAGAAGAUUAUGAAGAUGAAUUGCAAGAUAAUCAAGGAUCUCUUGAUACAUUCAACGAAUUAAUUACUUCAAAUGAUAAGUCAAGUGGUUGUGAAGUCUGUCAACGAUUUCAUGUUGAUUUCAAUCUUUUUUGCAGUUGGGUGUUGCCGAUUUUACUGAAAGGAAGGAAAAAAGUGUUGGGACUCGAAGACUUGUAUCAACCUUUGCCAGAUCAUCAUGCCGAUAAAUUAGGAAAUAAAUUAGAAAAAGCGUGGGAGGAUGAGUGUAAGAAGAAAAGAUCAAAGAACAAAAAGCCGAGUUUGAUGUCAGCAGGACUUAAAGUUUAUGGAUUUCACAUUGUGUUUCUCGGUUUCAUCCUCUUAACAGCCGAGAUGCUGUUUAAAGUAACAAUGCCGAUAUUUCUCGGUGGCAUUGUACAAUAUUACGCAAAUCCUGAAAAAUCAAGCAUAAGUGAAGCUUAUUGGUACGCAGCUGGAAUCAUUGCAGGCAGCUUUUUCACUGUUCUCACUCAACACGCACUUAUGUUGACGAAUCUGACAGUUGGCAUGAAAAUCAGAAUCAGCGCGUGUUCAAUGAUUUACAGAAAGUCUUUGAAGUUGAGUAAAACAGCUUUGAUUAACACAACUUCUGGUCAAGUUGUGAAUUUAUUGUCGAAUGAUGUCGCACGUUUUGAUCUCAUCAUUAUGUUCUUCCAUUAUCUUUGGGUUGGUCCCGUUCAAACAGUUGUCGUCACUUGGUUGAUGUACUAUGAAAUCGGAAUUUCCGCAAUUGCAGGCGUAAUUUUUCUGUUGAUGUUUAUUCCAUUUCAAUUUUAUCUUGGAAAGAAAACUUCGCAACUUAGAAUGAAAACAGCGCUCAGAACAGAUGAAAGAGUUCGAUUGAUGAAUGAGAUCAUUCAAGGAAUUCAAGUCAUAAAAAUGUAUGCUUGGGAAAAGCCGUUUAGUAAGAUCGUGUCAAUAGCACGACAAAAGGAAAUCAAAGUUAUUCGUUAUGCGUCGUGGAUUCGUGGAAUUCUUUUAUCGUUUAUUAUAUUUUCAUCUCGUGUUUCAACCUUCACGAGUUUGGUGAUGUUUGCAUUACUUGGUAAUGUUGUGACUGCACAGAAUGCUUUCGUUAUCACAGCUUACUACAAUGUUUUGAGACAAACCAUGACGAUUUUCUUUCCGCAAGCAAUUGGAAUGCUGGCAGAGACGAGAGUGUCAGUGAAAAGAUUAGAGAAGUUCAUGUUGUAUGAUGAACUUGAUCGUGACUUUCAAAAGAAGUUAAGAAAAAAGGAUGAACGCAGUAAAGAGAAGUUUGAAGCAACAAAUGGAACAGUCAAAGUCGAUUCAAACAUUCCACACCAAUCAGGAAUUAAAAUGGACAAAGUGUCGGCAAGAUGGAAUGGAGAAGCAACAGAAUUAACUUUAUCGAACAUUAAUUUGGAUGUUCAAUCAUCGACGGUUGUCGCUGUGAUAGGAAAAGUUGGUGCUGGAAAGUCGAGUUUGAUUCAAGCGAUUCUUGGUGAGUUGCCAAUCGAAGGUGGAGACAUUCAAGUGAAUGGAGUCAUCUCGUAUGCAUCUCAAGAGCCUUGGUUGUUCUCUGGUUCCGUUCGUCAAAAUAUUCUCUUCGGCGAAUCUUAUCAGAAGGAUCGCUACAAAGCUGUCAUCAAAACUUGUUCACUUACGAGAGAUCUCGAAAUGUGGCCUGAUGGCGACAAGACAAUUGUCGGUGAACGUGGCAUGAGUUUGUCUGGUGGACAGAAAGCGAGAAUCAACUUGGCUCGUGCAGUUUAUCGUAAAGCUGACAUUUAUUUACUUGACGAUCCUUUGAGUGCUGUUGACGCUCAUGUUGGUCGUCAUUUGUUCGACAAUUGCAUCAAAGAAUUUCUUAAAAGCAAACUUGUCAUUCUCGUAACACAUCAACUUCAAUAUUUACCAACAGCUGAUCAAAUUCUUCUCUUAAAUCAUGGAAUUGUCGAAGGUGUUGGAACUUUUGAAAGUCUUCGUGAGUCGGGCUUAGAUUUUGCAAAACUUUUACCUAAAGAAGAAGAAGUAUCGGAAGAUGAAAAUCCAUUGCAACGUUCAAUCAGUCAAUCAAGUCGAGGCAGUCGAUCCUCAAUCGCGGGCAAGAACAGACACGACAGCAUCACAAGUGCAACUUCAAGAGAAAGCGAAGAGAAUGAAAAUCAUGUGGAAAUAGCAGAGGAAGGUCGAGCUCAAGGUUCUCAAGGAUUAACUUACUACAAAGCAUAUUUUAAAGCUGCUGGCGGAUAUUUCAUCACAUCAGUCGUCGUAAUGUUCUUCGUUUUUGCCCAACUGUGCGCUUCUCUUGGAGAUUAUUUUGUCUCGUAUUGGGUUGCAAAGGAAGAAGAACGUGGAACACCAAGAAGUUUAAGUGCUGACAACAUCAUCGACUCGUCAAUAUUCAACAUUGUAGAAGAAUCAAAUGAAAGCGGAAAUCUCACGUUCAUUGAACAAGCUGCGAAACUCUUCGAAGGUGUCGUUUAUGAUCGAAACAUUGACAUUUACAUUUUCUCAGCUCUAACUGUCGGCACAGUUGCGAUAACUUUAAGCAGAAGUUUCAUGUUCUUCAAUGUUGCUAUGAAAGCAUCUCGACGUCUUCAUGACGCAAUGUUUGCUGGUGUGACACGAGCUUCAAUGUACUUCUUCAACACAAACCCAUCAGGAAGAAUUCUCAAUCGAUUCAGCAAGGACAUUGGACAAAUUGACGAAAUUUUACCUUCAAUUAUGAUUGAUGUGAUUCAAAUUUUUCUCUCACUUGCUGGUAUUGUUGCUGUUGUUGCGGUUGUUAAUCCGUUUUUCUUGAUCCCAACUAUUGUCAUUGCCAUUCUUUUCUACUUUCUGAGGAGCUUUUAUCUCAUGUCAUCGAGAAAUAUCAAACGAAUGGAAGCCACAACUCGAUCUCCAAUUUAUUCUCAUCUUGCUGCGACUCUUAAUGGCCUUUCAACAAUUCGUGCUUUUGAAGCUGAACACAUUUUGUCGCUUGAAUUUGACAAUCAUCAAGAUUUGAAUAGUUCGGCUUUUUACAUGUUCAUUGCAUCAGCGCGAGCGUUUGGAUUUUGGCUUGACUUUGUUCUUGUCAUUUACAUCGCGAUUGUUGUUUUGAGUUUCUUUGUGAUGGGAACCACCACUGGUGGAAAUGUUGGACUUGCAAUUACACAAGUGAUGGGAUUAACUGGAAUGGUUCAAUGGGGAAUGCGACAAUCAGCUGAACUUGAAAACACAAUGACGGCUGUUGAACGUGUUGUUGAGUACAACACUGUUGAUCCCGAGCCAGAUUUUGAUUCGAAACCAGAAAAAAAGCCACCAAAGGAAUGGCCUGAAAAGGGUGAAAUUAAAUUUGAGAAACUUUCAUUGAGUUACGUUCCAGACGAGAUGGAAGAAAAAGUUUUGAAAGAAUUAAAUUUCGAGAUCUUGCCACAAGAGAAAAUUGGAAUUGUUGGACGAACGGGAGCUGGUAAAAGUUCAAUUAUUAACGCACUAUUUCGUUUGUCGUAUAUUGACGGUCAGAUUUAUAUUGACACGAGAGACACACAAGCGAUGGGACUUCACGACUUAAGAUCGAAGAUUUCGAUCAUCCCACAAGAGCCGGUUUUGUUUUCGGGCUCGAUGCGCUACAAUCUCGAUCCGUUUGAUGAAUAUUCUGAUGCAAAAUUGUGGAGUGCACUUGAGGAAGUGAAAUUGAAAGAAGUCAUCAGUGAAAUGCCAGCAGGGCUCAUGACGAAAAUCUCUGAAAAUGGAACAAACUUCUCCGUUGGUGAACGUCAACUGGCGUGUUUGGCUCGAGCGCUUUUAAGAGAAAAUAAAAUUCUGGUGAUGGAUGAAGCGACAGCAAAUGUCGACCCACAAACCGAUGCAUUGAUUCAAGAAACGAUUCGACAGAAGUUUGCUGAGUGCACAGUUUUGACGAUCGCCCAUCGACUUAACACUGUCAUGGACUCAGAUCGAAUUCUCGUGAUGGAUGCUGGUCAAGUUGUUGAAUUUGCGUCACCACAUGAACUUCUAUCGAAAACAAAUAAGACACGAAUUUUCUACAACAUGUUAAAGGAAACAGGCAAAUCAACUUUUGAAAGUUUAAGGAAACUUGCUGAAGAGAACUAUCUGAAGAGAAAGAAAGAAUGAAAUCAACUCGCACAACUUAAACUCCGAUGAAUUUUCACAAGUUCCUUAUUUUAUCGAGAUAAAUUUUGCCGUGCUUACAAAUACACAAAUUUUACAGAAGUCUUGCAAGAAUUAUCUUGAAUUAAGAUACCUACUUAAAAUGUUUGAAGGUAAGAAACUUAAGAAACCAAAUGUGUCUUAAUUGUUUGCAAAUCGUUUUUUGAUUACAAAUUAAAUUAACUAAAUGAUUAAGAAUUAAUAAUUUAAGAGCUUAUCUUAAUUUAGUGUUAAAUAAAUUUUUAAGACAUAAAUCUUAAUGUGAUGUUCAAGUGCUUAUGAGGUAAUAUCUACUUCGAUAUUUAAAUAAUUUAGUUAAUAAAGAAAACGAAGCAUUGAAAGC